AUGUUUGUUCCCUGCUUUGUUCAAGAAUCAGUCUUCAGUUUUGCGGGUUUCACCCUCUUGAUGCCAGCAGUAUCCGUUGGAAAUGCUGGCCAGCUUGCAAUAAAUCUAAUUAUUUCUACACUGAAUAUGUCUAAGAUUGGUUACUUCUAUACCGAUUGUCUUGUGCCGAUGGUUGGAAACAAUCCAUAUGCAACAUCAGAAGAAAAUUCAAUAGAACUCAGUAUAAAUGCUGAAGAAUAUUCAUUGCCUUCAAAGAAGCUAGUGGCUCUUCAGUUAAGAUCCAUUUUUAUUAAGUAUAAGUCAAAGGCAUUCUGUGAAAAACUGCUUUCCUGGGUGAAAAGUAGCAACUGUGCCAAAGUUAUUGUUCUCGCAAGCAAUCAUUCAUAUCAUCAUAAUGAUCUACAGCUUCGCAGUACACCUUUCAGAUACCUACUUACACCUUCCAUGCAAAAAAGUGUUCAAAAUAAAAUAAAGAGCCUUAAUUGGGAAGGAAUGGAAAAUUGCCCAUGCAUUCCUGAAAUAAGUGAUUCUGAGUUUUGUAUCCAUGCUCCUGGUGGAGGUAUCACAAAAACACUCUAUGAUGAAGGCUGUUCUAAAGAAAUCCCAAUGGUGGUUCUGCUGAAAUUUGUUUCAGAAAGAGACAAUAUCCCAGAUUCAUUAGGUCUUGUUGAGUAUCUUAAUGAAUGGCUUCAGAUAAUCAAACCACAUCUACAGUGUGAUGACCCCACAGCAUCUGCCUUGCCAUGGAAAAUGCCAAGUUUUUGGAGAUUACUCUUCGGUAGUGGUCUUCCCCCUGCACUUUUUUUUAUCUGUUUUUAG